CCCCUAUGGCUUUGUCCUCCACUCCAGAUUUCUCGACCUCCAAUAUUCAGCAUCACCAACCACCAGUUCACAAACACACGCAACAUUCCUCCGUAAGCGGUGGUUGCUUGCCUGUCGCAUCAAUGCUCAGACGAAUACCUAUAUCCCGCACACUGCGGGCGCAACCACAGCUCCCGCCAUGCCGCCGCUCGCUUGUCACCCUCGCCAUCGAAACAUCAUGCGACGACACCGCCGUCGCCGUCCUCUCACACACACAGCGCACCAACGAGACUAAAAUCCUAUUCAAUGAGCGCAUCGCCUCCGAUAACAGAGCCUUCCAUGGCAUCGCCCCCAACAUCACUGUCCACGGGCACCAGACGACACUGGCGCAAAUGGUACGCCGCGCACGCGCACACAUCCCAUUGCCAGAUAACCGCCCAGACUUUGUCUCUGCCACGCGCGGACCAGGCAUAAAGACGAACCUCAGCGUCGGGCUCACACUCGCGAAAGGUCUCGCUGUAGCGUGGGACGUGCCUCUAGUCGGCGUGCACCAUAUGCAAGCCCAUGCGCUGACGCCGCGCCUCGCAAACGCCAUUGCCGCUACACAGACAAACGCUGCUUCGCCGGUGUCUGUCGACCCCAAGUUCCCCUUCCUCACGCUCCUCGUAUCAGGCGGCCACUCGGAACUCGUACUGUCAUCGUCGUUGCUCUCGCACAAAAUCAUCGCUGCUACACGAGAUAAUGCUAUUGGCAACGUUCUCGACCAAACAGCCCGCGUGAUUCUACCUGCUUCCGUCCUCGCUGCAAGCAAGGACGUCAUGUACGGCCGGGAGCUCGAGGCGUUUGCCUUUCCUGAUUCUUCAUACGACUUCUUCACUCCCGCGCGGUCACGAGAACAAGAGAUGAACGAUACCCUGCCUGCCGAGUAUCCGUGGACAGUGCCGAUUCCGUUCCGCGAGAACAGAAAGCUCGCGUACUCGUUUGCGGGUAUUCACUCGGCCGUGCACAAGAUUGCGGCUGCGAACCCAGACAUGGACGUCGAGCAGCGGCGGGUUCUGGCGCGGUAUACCAUGCGCGCGGCGUUCCAGCAUCUCAUUGGCCGCGCAUGUAUUGCACUCGAGGAUGUUCCCGGAUUGAGCGAUGUCAAGACGUUGGUUGUUGCGGGCGGCGUAGCGAGUAAUCGCUUCUUGAUGCAUGUGCUGCGGUCGACGCUGGAUGUGCGCGGGUUCGGACAUAUACAGAUUGUGGCACCGCCCGCAGAGCUGUGUACGGAUAAUGCACCUAUGAUUGCGUGGGCUGGUAUGGAGAUGUACCGUGCAGGAUAUACGACGGAUCUCAAGGCCGUGCCGUUGAGUAAGUGGCCGAUGGACCCUGAUGUUGGGUGUGGCUUGCUUGGUGUGGAUGACUGGAUCAAGGAGGAGCCUGUUGAUCCUAUUGAAUGAUGAUGACAAAAGACAAAAUAUAUGUAUAAUAGGAUGUCCGACAUCUAGGUGUAACUUUAUAAAAUGUACGAGUAUAGUAUAGUAUAUUAGUACUACUAGCAUUAGCGAGAGACGACAGCAGAGCAACGUCUCAUUACAAUAGUGUAUCAUUAGGUUGGGCAAGAAAAUCACAGAAUUAAGAAUGGAAAUGGACAUAAAAUGCUUCUUGUUUC